AAAUUGUUCUUUUGCUUGUCAUUCUCUGAGACAGGCGUUGGAGAGCUGCAUGUCGAAACUUUGGAGAAAGCGUGCGAUAUGUUGUCGAUUGACGCUCCCGUGGAAAUUCUGAAGGGCCUGUCCUGCCUAGAGAUUUGUCUCUUGAGCGCCGCCUUUGUAGUACUCAGGAUUCACGGUGACUCACAGAACCUCAACUUUAACCGCAUCUACGAAGAAUAUCGCGGAUUUGCUACCCGGAAAAUGCGUACCGUUUUGUUGCCAAAAGACGUUGCGAUGAAAGUAAUGCUAGCGCGAAAUGAGUCAAGGCGAAUUGCAGCCGUAAAGCGCACACAUCAGACGGUCGGCAUGGUCGAAUGUAUCGAAAGCCACUACACCAUGUUGCCCCUGUUGUUCACAGGUCAGUGA